AUGGGCAAUCUCAAUAUCAAAACCAGUGAUAGGAUCAACAACAACCCCAUUACAAAUCUGGUUUAUUUUUCAUCGUUGAAAAUCCACUCACACGUUUCAUUUGAGAAAAUCGCAACACACAACCAUGGUUUCCUUCAACACCAUUUGGAUUUUCUCUCUCGCUCUUCUUCCUCCUCAUCGCCGUCACUAUUCAGGAAAUAUGGAAAUGUUCUGGUGCUGAAGCGAUUUCAGGUUCGAGUGGCUUUGACUGCAACAUAUGUCUGGAGUGUGUGCAAUAUCCGGUGGUCACUCUUUGUGGCCAUCUCUACUGCUGGCCCUGCAUUUACAAAUGGCUUAACCAAGCACAAGAGAAGCAGAAGGAAAAGCUGCAAUGUCCAGUAUGCAAAUCAGAAAUUUCAAAAUCAUCACUUGUUCCGCUCUACGGUCGCGGCCAAACCACACCGCCUUCCAAAGGCAAUGCUCAGCAAGUGA